AUGUCAGAAUCUCACGCUCAAGCCUUAAGUCGCAUGAACGCAUACGUAGUGCCGUCAUACAUACCAAAAGACGCACCAAGAGGCCCAGCUGCUAUGAGAGUGUCCCGUCCAACUCAAGACGAAGCCCUUGAUGAGAUCGACGACUGGUUAGAAUCUGGGCUGCAGUCGUAUACAGAAGAGGGCCAGCGCAUGCAUAAUGCGGCGAACGGCGUCCAUCUACCAAAGCGUUCGACUGCGGGGACGGGCACGGCGGACGUUGUUGGCAGACGUGAAGAGCCCGAAGAUACUUCACCGCCUCCUGCCUACCCUGAAGACCCUUCCGUGCCGCUCAAUGAAGACAACGCGUUCAUUCCAUCCCGCUCACGCGCAUCCAUGCGGUGUGGUGGAAUCGUCCGUCACAUCGCCGUCAGCGGUGACUACAACAACAUCCACUUGAACACCGGUACCGGGCAGCAGAACAUCGCGCAUUACGAUUAUCGCAAGUACCGAGAUGAAGAGAAUGUUCAAGAUUAUCAGGUUGCUGUGAACGGCGGCGGCGAGGAAGGCUACGAUGGUGCGAACGAGGACCGCAACGGCCACGAAAAUAGUCAGGAUGAUACCCCAGGAUAUCGUUCGCCAAUAGGUGGCCGAGACGAUCGAGAUAAUUGGGGUGACGAUCGUUAUGAUGAAGGAUACGACGGUCGUGAUAAUCGCCAAUAUGAUGAUUACCAUGAGAGGUACAACGAGCGUCGUGGCCGUCGCAACACGCCUGCACGUGACAGCCGGGCUGGUGCGCGCUACGAUGAUGACGACGGAUACCGAAGUGACGGAGGUUACUAUAGCUAUAGUGAUGAGAGUGAGCACAGUGACUGGUAG